AUGGGGAGGUGGAGUGUUUUUGCAAAGCAGCAGUUGAAUAUUCAAAUAAAAACUUUGGCAGAUGAUGUGCGUGACAGAAUAACAAGCUUCAGAAAAUCGGCAGUGAAAAAAGAGAAACCUCUCAUUCAGCAUCCAAUUGACUCUCAACCUUCUAUAAGUGAAAUCCCGCUUGCCCAGACACUUGUUGAUGAGCGUUGCAUGAACUUAUCAGAAAAAGAAGUCAUGGAUCUCUUUGAAAAAAUGAUGGAAGACAUGAAUCUAAAUGAAGAACGUAAAGCUCCUUUGAGAGACAAAGACUUGACCACAAAACGGGAGAUGGUUGUCCAAUACAUUUCUGCAACUGCCAAAUCUGGUGGACUGAAAAACAGCAAGCAUGAAUGCACACUGUCCUCACAAGAAUAUAUUCAUGAAUUGCGAUCUGGAAUUUCAGAGGAAAAGCUUCUUAAUUGUCUAGAGUCUUUGAGAGUGUCUCUAACUAGCAAUCCAGUCAGCUGGGUUAACAAUUUUGGACAUGAAGGUCUUGGACUUUUGUUGGAUGUCUUGGAAAAGCUUCUGGACAAGAAACAGCAAGAAAGUAUUGAUAAGAAGAAUCAACAUAAACUCAUCCAGUGCCUCAAAGCAUUUAUGAACAAUAAGUACGGAUUGCAAAGGUUUCUAGGAGAUGAAAGAAGUCUCUUGCUGUUAUCAAGAGCAAUUGAUCCAAAGCAACCACACAUGAUGACUGAAACAGUGAAAAUACUUUCUGCUAUCUGCAUUGUUGGAGAGGAAAAUAUUCUGGACAAGCUUUUAGGUGCUAUAACAACUGCUGCUGAAAGGCACAAUAGGGAACGUUUUUCCCAGAUUGUUGAAGGACUGGAAAACCAUGAAUUUCUUCAACUGCAGGUAGCAUGUAUGCAGCUCAUCAAUGCCCUUGUUACAUCUCCAGAAGAUCUUGAUUUCAGGAUACACCUGAGAAAUGAGUUUUUACGUUGUGGCCUGAAGAAAAUAUUGCCUGGCUUGAAAGAUAAGGAUAAUGAGGAGCUCGAUAUUCAGCUGAAAGUGUUUGAUGAGAACAAAGAAGACGACUUAAUUGAACUGUCACAUCGUCUCAAUGAUAUCAGAGCUGAAAUGGAUGAUGUGAAUGAAGUAUUUCAUCUGCUGUAUAAUAUGUUGAAAGAUACUUCCUCUGAAAAUUAUUUCCUGUCAAUUCUCCAACAUUUCCUUCUCAUCAGGAGUGAUUACUAUGUCCGACCUCAGUAUUACAAGAUAAUAGAAGAAUGCGUAUCACAGAUAGUAUUGCACUGCAGUGGCAUGGACCCAGAUUUUAAAUGCAGAGGAAGAAUGGAUGUGGAUUUUACUCAUCUUGUUGAUGCAUGUGUGGACAAAGCUAAAGUAGAAGAGAGUGAAAAGAAAGCAGCAGAAUUUUCCAGAAAGUUUGAUGAAGAGUUCACAGCUCGACAAGAGGCACAAGCAGAGCUUCAGAAAAGAGAAGAGAAAAUCAAAGAACUUGAAACAGAAAUCAAACAGCUACGAACCCAGGUAAUAAAACUAAAGCACAAUAAUUUUCUGCCAACUGUUGCAUUAUAACUUGUUAAACUGACAGAAGUAGCACCAUUACCUCCAGCCCUACCAAGUGAGAAUGUGCCACCACCUCCAGCGCCUCUUCUACCUGGUGGAGCAAUACCUCCUCCUCCUCCACUGCCUCCACUACCUGGUGGAGCAGCACCCCCUCCAGCGCCUCCUCUACCUGGUGGAGCAAUACCUCCCCCUCCUCCUCCAGCUCCUCCGCUGCCUGGUGGAGCAGUGCCACCUCCAGCUCCUCCGCUACCUGGUGGAGCAAUACCACCUCCAGCUCCUCCGCUACCUGGUGGGGCAAUACCACCUCCAGCUCCUCUGCUACCUGGUGGGGCAGUACCACCUCCAGCUCCUCCACUACCUGGUGGGGCAGUACCACCUCCAGCUCCUCCGCUACCUGGUGGGGCAGUACCACCUCCAGCUCCUCCGCUACCUGGUGGAGCAAUACCACCUCCUCCACCUCCGCUACCUGGUGGAGCAAUACCACCUCCUCCACCUCCGCUACCUGGUGGAGCAGCGCCACCUCCUCCACCACUGCCUUUUGGUGGGCCUCCGAUGCCACCAGCUCUUGGAGGUGUUCCUUUUGCUCCUUUUCCGGUGAUACCAGCAUUACCACAUGGGAUGAAGGAGAAGAAAAAGUAUAAGCUAGAAGUCUCAAUGAAGAGAAUCAACUGGUCAAAGAUUGAGCCUCAAGAGAUAACAGAAAACAGCUUUUGGGUGAAAGCUGAAGAAGAUAAAUUUGAAAACCCAGAAUUGUUUGCAAAAUUGGCACUUACCUUUGGAACACAAAUUAAAG